AUGCUUCCAGGUACUGUCGAACCUACCAUCACCACUGCAACUGUCAUCCUAGUGCCUGAGCAGGUUCAGCUGGACUCGGAUGAAAUCCCCAUUAUUGAGUAUCGCAACUCAGAGGCUCUCAGGAAGGACCCUCGGAAUCGCACCGUUGCUCUGCUCGAUGUACUUCGUCCGCCGGGCUCAGACAUUGCUAUCCUGGUUAUGCCAAAGCUAUUGGGAUUCUACGUCCUUCCAUUUCGGCAUGUGAGCGAGAUGUUUGAAGCUCUUGGACAGUUUUUGCAGGUAUCAUUGUCUUUACUCUAUGUGUGGCUCGAGGACGUUCAUUCACCCCCGCCGCAGGGCCUUGUAUUCAUGCACGAGCAUCGAGUUUCUCACGGAGACGCAUGCAUUCUGAACGACGGAAGAUGGGCGUCGACGUAUGACGUGGAAAACGCGCUCCUCAGUACCACCUGUGGACUAUUUCUUCAUCAAUUUUGGACUCUCCUACCGCAUCCUGACGAGGGAGUUGACCCUCGUAUGAUCGGCGGUGGGAGUCAAGACCGCACCGUGCCAGAGUUGCUCGAUGGCAUCCCUUAUGACCCCUAUAAGCUGGACGUGUACCAGUUCGGAGGAGUCAUCGGGACUAUGUGCCAGGAUUUGGACAUGCUCAGACCGCUUGUAUCUAGGAUGAAGACACGCGACUUCACGCAACGCCCGACGGCCACAGAAGCCUAUCAGAUGUUUGAGGACAUACGCUCAAGUCUCUCUCAGGAUGACUGGAACAGGCGUAUCUGGCACGUCCGGACAACCCCAGAGGAUCGUCACCGCAUCGAAUUUCUCAGCGAAAAUCCCAUGGAUUAUAAGACCAUGAAAUUAAGCGGCUACUAA